ACGUCGUCUGCAACCGCCGGAAGGGGAAGUUCCGCCUCGGAACGCCGCCUCGCUCGUCCGAAUUCGGUGGCGCCACGUCCGCCCGUCUCCGCCUUCCGCACCGCGGCUUCGGCGGCUUCCGCCUUGACACCUUCCACUCACCAAGCCGGCCGCGUCGUGAGGGGGCCGGCAAGAGGAGUCGGGCGGCCGUGCGCAUCCUGGCGACCUGAGUGGCGAACAUGUCGGACAUCGGGGACUGGUUCAGGAGCAUCCCGGCCAUCACGCGCUAUUGGUUCGCCGCCACCGUCGCGGUACCCUUGGUCGGCAAACUGGGCCUCAUCAGCCCGGCCUACCUCUUUCUCUGGCCCGAAGCCUUCAUCUAUCGCUUCCAGAUUUGGAGGCCAAUCACUGCCACCUUUUAUUUCCCUGUGGGUCCAGGAACUGGAUUUCUUUAUUUGGUCAAUUUAUAUUUCUUAUAUCAGUAUUCUACACGACUUGAAACAGGAGCUUUUGAUGGGAGGCCAGCAGACUAUUUAUUUAUGCUUCUCUUUAACUGGAUUUGCAUCGUGAUUACUGGUUUAGCAAUGGAUAUGCAGUUGCUGAUGAUUCCUUUGAUCAUGUCAGUACUUUAUGUCUGGGCCCAGCUGAACAGAGACAUGAUUGUAUCAUUUUGGUUUGGAACACGAUUUAAGGCCUGUUAUUUACCCUGGGUUAUCCUUGGAUUCAACUAUAUCAUUGGAGGCUCGGUAAUCAAUGAGCUAAUUGGAAAUCUUGUUGGACAUCUUUAUUUCUUCUUAAUGUUCAGAUACCCAAUGGACUUGGGAGGAAGAAAUUUUCUAUCCACGCCUCAGUUUUUGUACCGCUGGUUGCCCAGCAGGAGAGGAGGGGUGUCAGGAUUUGGUGUGCCCCCUGCUAGCAUGCGGCGAGCCGCUGAUCAGAAUGGUGGAGGUGGGAGACACAACUGGGGCCAGGGCUUUCGACUUGGAGACCAGUGAAGGAGCAGCCCCUGGCCCACACACCAGCUGCUCCACUCAGAUGACGUUUCCUCCCAGUGCUGGGUGUGCUUAACAACCAAGUUAUAGCUAACGCUGUUGGACCUGACCCACACUGAAUGUGAUCUUUCAGUACAAGACAAAAUUUUUUAAAUCCUGAAGAAAAAUAUAAGUGUUCCUCAAGUUCCAUGAUUCUCAUUCAAGUUCUUACUGCUAUGAAGAACAAAUAUCAACUGUGCAAAUUUCGAAACUGACUAUAUUUUUUGGUGUCUUCUCUUCUUCCCUUUCUGUCUGAAUAAUGGGUUUUUAGCAGGUUCUAGUCUGCUGGCACCGAGCUGGGCAUCUGGGUUGGGCAAAGGGUUGGGUAACCAAACCUUUUCAAAAGGACUCUUAUCUGUUUCUUGCACACAUGCUCCCUCCCACUUUUCCCAGCCCCCAAAUUUGCAACUAGAGAAGGUUGCCCAUAAAAUUGUCCUGCCUUUGACAAGCUCUCUUAUUUAUUGACUUUUGCCAAGGCUUGGUUGCAAAGAACUCAUUCGCACAGUUUUUUCCCCUUUGGUGGCAGGACUGUAACAAUAGGGAAGAAGACUGAAGCAGUGGAUGAAUAGCUUGCUCAGCUUUUGGAAUUGCUGUGACCUGACAUCAGUUGCAACCAUUUGCCACCUCUUCAGAUGUUUUUAUAAAAAAGCACCACUGAGUCGGUGAGGGCCACAGAUUGGUAUUAAUAAGGUAUGAGGGUUGUUGCUAGGCAUUUUUUUCCCUAAGUUAAGUGAUCAAAAUUGUAGUGGAGUUGCACCUAACAUGGGGGGUAAGUUUAAUCCAUGGUGGACAUAAUCCCUUUGUGUUUUGUAUAUAGGGCAUACUGGCUUUGUGUCCCAGAGUGGUUGGAUUGUGUUGUAUUGGGAGGUUCCAAAUCACAUUGGCCACAGCAAGAUGCUCUCUUUGAGAGGCUCCUGGAUGUUGAUUGCAUUUCAUUAUCAUUCUGGAUGUAUGUUUGUUGAGUAAGGUGGGAGAACCUCAUACCCUAUUUAAAUUGUCUUUUUUUUGCUCCCUGCCCUGUUUUUGGUGAAGUGUUUUAGUUAAUUGUGAGGAAGGUGUAGCUCCUGUGUGUGUAGAUCAUUUUUUAAAGCUAACUUAAGCACACCUAAGUGAAUCACACAUAAUUUUGGUUUGUAAUGAUUUUAGAAUCAUUUGUGUUUGAGGGUCUUUAUUAUUUUGAGUCAUGAAUGUACAAGCUCUGUGUAUCAGGCCAGCUUAAAUACUCACCAGUUUUAUUCAUGGGUGGGCUUUUUCCAUCAGAGCUUGGCUCAUCACCAAAUGAAGUUUUUUGAAGGCUAUGGUGUUUCGCACAGUUAUUUUACUUUGUUUUUAUUCUGAAAGCAGACUGUGAGUAGUAGUCAGGUGACUACUGUACUUUGAGUCAGCUAAAAAGGCUUUGAGCAUUUUGAUUAGUUUCUUUUCAAGAAACGUGCUCUACACAGUAUGACUAUUCUUUUCCCUACUCUUAAACAUUGAUGCGUGUUAUGUUAGGAAAUGGGAAUUUGAAACAGCUCCUUAUUUUUAAUAAAGUUUGUUUGUGUGUACCUCUCCAUACUUAAUUUAUAUGAUAGAAUAGUAGGUGGGGAGAGUCUGAAUCUUCACUGUCAUAUGUUUUGCUGUUGAGCUGUGGCCACAAUAAAAUUUACUUGUAAAGUUUUAGAAGCCAUUGUUCCUGUUAUGUUGCAUGUGUACUCACUGUACAGGAGUGGAAACUCAUUGUAUGUGUAAGAAGAUUCUAAGGGUAGGUGAGCUAGAGUCUCUUAUGUGCCCUCUUAUCAACUCCACUGUCUGAGAGCAGUAGUUUUUCUAAAGGUUUCCAGGAGUAUUUAGAACUCUUCUGUUCAAGGCAAAGUGUUCAUUAAAUUCUUCCUCUUAGACACGGCUAGGAAACUAAUCAUUUUAUUGAUCUUUUCUGGAUUGCCUAUCUUUCUGGAAUAAUUUUACCAAAACAAGCUAUUUGAGUCUUGACUUGGCAAGAUAAGACAUGACAGUGGAUUCUCUUUAUGAAUAAUAAAAAAAAAUACUUGUUUUGUACAGAUGAUUCCCCUUUUUGUACUGAAUCCUUUCUAUUGGUAAAAAUUGUAAAUUAAAACGAACAAUUUGAAGGUUGUCUGUGUUAAGUUUACAUAUCCCUGCUCUGCUGUCUCUUAGAUACUAUGUAGUUUAUGCAACCAGUCAUCUCUUGAUGAGCAUUUAGGAAGAAUUUAGUGUUUUUUGCUAUCAGAGUGACAUAGCACACAUUUUUGUACAGAAUUCUGUUUAUGUGUUGGAGAAUAUCAUGGUUAAUUCAUGGAAACAGAAUUCCUGGCUUUUCAUUUUAAUGAAGCAGGAUGCUUCUGAACUUUGGGUUAGAAGUCGUAUCUGAUUGUAGUAUGCUGGAUGGCAUUUCUGUAGCUUCUACCCGUGGGUCUGAGUCCUGGAACUCUAUAGAAUUAGUUUAAUCCCUUUUCCAUGUAAGACCCAUAGAGACUAGAAAGCAGGUGCCAUGGCCUUCCUGAGACUUUUUUCCUGGAGGGUGAACCAUCCAAGACUGUAUUCCGGGCCUGCAAGGCCGACUUCAUUCAUCACAAGGUGGGGCAAUGAGAAGCAGCAGGGCCGUGCAUUUCUCUUCUCUUCUGGGGAAGCACCAAAAUGAUAGGAGAGAUCCUGCUUAUUUUGAAGGACAGCACACUGCCAAUAUCAUUGUAUCCUAAGCUACCUUUUGAAUAACACUGAUGAUAAUGUUGCAGUUGCCAACAUCUUUAUUCAUUGCUAACUCAGUUUCUGAGGUUCCUUUUAUAUUUUCAGCAGUAACUUAAUACUCUGAAUAACAAAGCUUAACCUUUGGAAAAAGUUCCUCCUCUAUUCCUGUACUUUUCACUUGUAUCUUCUAAGGCUGGGCUAAGCAAACAUGCUUUUACUGGCAAUUUACUUGUUUGCUUUCCAGAGUGGCUCUGUUGAUUUGAAUUGCAGUGCGGGGAGGGGGAUUCCAGGUCCUGUGUUUCCUUAUGUGUGUGGUUUAAGCCCAGGGUGCUUUUCCACAUGCUCCCCUUAUCACUUCAAUUCUGUUUGUUAGGGUAGGAAUCCCAUGUUCAGGGGCACACCUGGGCAUUGAGCAUUAAUGUGACAGGUACUUUAUGAAUAAUUUAAGCCUCCAGUCUGUGGUGUUUUAAUCUGGUUAUAAUGAGAACCGUUUGAGACUUAAAAAAUGCAGAUAUUUUGCAUCGUUCCCAUUACACAUAUUUUUAAAGCUCCCAGUGAUUCUGAUAAUCAGCAGAAUUUGGGAACCAGUAUAUAAGCCAGCUUGUGAAAUAGGUGGUAUUAUCCCCAUUUUCCAGAGAAGGAAUCUUAAGACUCAAUAAGUUACUUGAUUAAGAUCAAGUAGCUAGAAGGUGCCAGAAGCAAGAUAUGAACCCAAGUUUGAGUUAAGGCCUUUGCUGCAGCUUUUCAGUUGAAUCCAAAGCAAAUACAAACGAUAUGGUCUAUUGCAGAGUAUGUUCUUUCUUCUGAGUUCGACACCUUGUCCCAUUGUAGGGACUCAAUUUGUUGACUAAACUAACCACAAGUAAUUGCAAUACAACUUGACAAACUGCCAGAAUAGAAAUAAGUAAAAAAUGUCUUGGACAGAGGAACUUGGUCUUGAAAGACUGACGGGCAAUUCCAGCCUGAGAUAGGGGAAAACCAUUCUUUCUAGGAAUAGGAAAUGGCAAGGACAGGAAAUUUUGGGAAGAGCACUGUGUGGCUAGAUGUGUAGAAUACAUCUAGGGAGUGGCAGGGAAAGAGGCUGGGAAGGUAGAUGGGGGCUUAAUCUUGAAAAGCUUUUGUGUCAUAGUUUGAACUUCAAUCUGUGGGCAAUGGGGAACCAUUGAAAAGUUUUCACAUUUGUUCUUUUAAAAAGUAACUGGCUGCAGCAUGGGGAGUAGGGGAGAAGGCUGGGGAGAGGAGCAGCUGAAGAUAAGAGGACCAAGUUUUGUGCUGAUUGCUGUGGGGCAGAUUUAAGGUAAGGGUUGGCCUGAGCUAAGACAGUGGGAUUGGGGGCUGGAUUGGAGAGACCUCUCUGAGAGAAUUGCUAGGACUUAAUGAGGAAGUGGAGGGCUAUGUGAAGGGGUUUCCAUUGGAUAUCAGGGCUUGAAGUGUGUUUCCCAUAGAAACAAGCUGGGUAAGUGCUAUUUAUGGAUAUCGUUGGUGCAGCACACAGUAGAUAAUUAGACGCUGGUGGACCAGCCUGGAAACCUAGUCAGUACUGGUAAGUGUAUUUCUGUGGAAAAAUACGUUAUGAGCUACAAAUCCCUCAGCUUGAAAAUGAAAUUUUAGAUCAUGAUCUCUUCCUGAAAUGGAGACAGCUUUGCAGAAGGCCCCAGUGGAGGAGAAGCAAUUCUCUUGAUUCCGUCACCAUCCUGCAGGGCCCAGCUUAAACAUCAUUUCAUCAAAUAGAGGCCUAUCUAGACCCGAAGGCAAGGUUAGAUGUCUUCCCGUGUGGCCUACAGGCACCCUGAUCUCUGCUUUCUGACACUCAUUACACCUGUAAUCAUUUGCUUAGUGUGUCUGUCCCACGAUCUGUAAGCAUCAUUAGCGCUUUUUUCAUGGCUGUAUCCUAGUGCAUAGCGCAGGUUUGCCACAUAUAGGUGCUUAUUAUGUGUUUGAUGCACUGAACCGAAAUUUCGGCUAGAAAAUAAGUUGGAUAGGAAUUUGGCCUGCUUAGGGAGAAAGCUAAUGGCCUGGUCUCCCAGGAGCAUUAAAGGAUUUUGUUGUUGUUAUUCACAUAAGGAAAUCGUAGCUCCCUGAAACAGGAUAUGAGAAGAGGUUGGAGAUAACGGGAAGAAUGGACUCAAAAGUAAAAUACUUUUUUUUAAGAAAAAGCAAAGCAGCUUCUGUCUACCAUGUGUAAUGGUGUGAGCACUUGGGCUGAUUUGGGCAAAAAGAGACUUGGUACAGACUGAAGGCGAGUGAGAACAUUUGGGAAGAUUAAUUGAAGGUAUAAAUUUAGCUUUCUCUCCCCUGAGGAAUUCCCCUGUGGCCUGUACAAAUGCACAUGUAUUUAGAAAGAAGAAACCCCUGCCAUGUCAUAGGGGCCAGAGAGACCCACAGGGAGUGCAGAAUUGAAUUUUGGUCGUAGGUGUAAUGGUCAUUUAAGAAAUGUUUACUAAGCUCAGUUCGUCAUUUGAAGCCUUAACCUGACCCAGAUGAAUCUGAUAUUCUUUCUCUUCUCUGUCAGUGUGUUGGCCUUUUCCUGAUGGCUGGCAGUGAUACAGUAAGUGUCGUCGUUAAUUAAGGGCACUCACUGUUAGCUUAAGGGAACCUUUGGGUUUUGAUCUUAACUGUCUUGUUAUAGAAGUAGUAGACCUGGCUGUAAGAAUAUAAGAUACAUCUGUCCCCACAGCCAGGCUCUUAUUCACCUCUAGGUCUGAGGUUCUUCCCUGGAGGUGCCCAGACCCCUUACUGAAGAGGAAGCAUUGGGAUUUUUCAUGAUCGCAUGCAUCAGGUAGGGUUCUUUGAUUGCAGGUACCCAAAAAGGACUCUGGCUAAGUUAAGCAAGAAGGGAAUUUAUUGGAAGGAAACAGACUAGCUCACAGAUUCCAAGGACCUCCUGAGAAACCUCACAUGAAAAGGGGACCAAGGAUCCAGAGAGCAGGGAUUGAUCUCACCACAUCUCUCGCUGGGCUUAACCAGCUCCACCUUUGAUUUUGUUCUUGUAUCUCUCCCUUUAGGAUUCAACUCUCGAGUCUUAUUGGCCUAGCUUGGACCUUGUGCCUCCCCUCUGGCUAAGAAUUCAGGGAAAAACUAGCCACUAUAGGGGAGAGGUAAUUUUCCAAAAGCAAAUCAAACUGCUUUUGCCAUAAGAGGGAGGAAGUGGAUGCUGAAUGUCUAAAAAGCCCCCCAGCACACUACAGUAUGUAAAUCACAUGUUUAGCCUCCUGGGAGGGGCCUCUGGCUCUCUGGCUUUGCUUUUUUCCAACUCAGAAACAAGACAGUAUUUUCUCCCAUCUCCUUUUUCUGUCUCAUCUACUGAGCAUUAGUAAGCAAUGUACGUUUAGCUGAAAAUUUUGUGGGGAGAGGGUGAAAAGGGUUGAUGUUGAACAUCACAGCAAAAGUGACCCCUCACUGGAGAGCAGGGACUGUCUUUCUGGUUUCCCAUGUCAUCCCCAACACCUAGCUCAAAGCUUGGCACACAUUGGCUUUUUGAGAUAAAUAUUUGUCAAAGGAAUGAAUACAUUUCAUAACCUAAAUUCUUUUUAGCUAUCAACUGGCUUCCUGCCUUUCUCUCCAUUCUUCCCCCAUGUGGCCUUUCCAAUCCCCUUUAGCGUCUUGGUCAAUUUAAUUCUGGCCCCAAAUCUCUACACUCAGUAAAACAAAAGCCUUGCAGUUAAUCAGACCUACCCACCUUAGAAAGCCUCGUCAAAGUUUUUCACUGGAUACAAAGCAAGACUCUUAAGUCAGGGAAGCAGGUGAUUCUGCUAAAAAAAAAUUCUGGCAUGCUCCCUGUAGUGGGUUAAAUGGGGGGUGCCAAAUGAUAUGUACAUGUCCUAAUUCCCAGAUCCUAUAAAUGUGACUCUAUUUGGAAAAAAGGAUCUUUGCAGAUGUAGUUAAGGAUCUUGAGAUGAAGAGGUCAUCCUGGAUUAUCUGGUGGACUCUGAAUCCAGUGACAAGUCUUCUUAGAGACACGCGGAAGCUUAGACAGAAGAGAAGAAAACGCAGACACACAGAGGCAGAGAUUAGAGUGAUGGAGACACUAGUUAAGCAAACCAAGGAACUCCUGGAGCCACCGGAAGCUGGAAGAGGCAAAGAAUAGAAUCUUCCCUACAACUUUUGGAGGAAGUGUGGUCCUGCUGACACCUUGAUCUCAGACUUUUGGCCUUCAGAACUCUAAGAGAAUAAAUUUCUAUUGUUUUACAUCAUCAA